AUGCUUAAUCAACUAGGAAUCGAAGAGAGUGAAGUUCCAAAGAUGUGUCUUGACCUUUACAAAGAAUAUGGAACCACCAUGGCUGGUCUCAAGGUUCUUGGUUACGAAUUCGACAACGAUGAGUUCCAUGAAUACGUCCAUGGAAGACUUCCCUACGAGAAACUAAAACCUGAUCCACUCCUCCGCAACCUCCUUCUCUCUAUGCCUCACCGGAAAAUCAUCUUCACAAACGCAGACAAAGCUCACGCGACAAGAGCCCUCAACAGACUAGGUCUAGAGGACUGCUUUGAAGGAAUCAUCUGCUUCGAAACACUAAACCCUUCUUCUGAUUCCAAGACUCAGAAGAUCCUCUGUAAACCCUCCGUUGAAGCCUUUGAAGCCGCCAUUCGCAUCGCAGACAUCGUCCAUCCACGCAAAACGAUAUUCUUCGAUGACAGUAUUCGUAACAUCGCUAGUGCUAAAGCAACAGGGCUUAAAACCGUCUUCGUUGGUGACUCGGUGCUGGUUCCAGGUGCAGACUAUGCACUAAGCAGCAUUCACAACAUAAAGGAAGCGAUACCUGAUUUGUGGGAAGACAACAAAGAUGAGAAGAAGCUUGAGGCCAUUGUUGUUCAGCAAGCCGCUGUUGCAACCAUGGUUCAAGCUUAA